AUGGCCCGGGAAAACAGGAAGAAGCGUAGGAUUCGUUAGCAUUGAUUGGCUGAAGGGAGAAGCUCCUGGACGCUAAUUGGCUCCGUUAUUCGCGGGAGUGAGUUUGUGGCGCAAACGGAAAGUAUCUAUAGCGCUGCGACAGGCACUGGCUUCUGAGGUGUCCCGAGAAACCACAGGAUCAGACCGUACUGGGCCUCUCUCAGGGGGCUCGCGACCAUGAUGUGGAAUAGUGGAUUUGAAAGUUACAGCAGCUCCAGCUUUGGUGGCGCCGGCGGCUACACACAGUCCCCGGGGGGCUUUGGAUCGCCCACACCUACUCAGGUUGAAAAGAAAUCGAGAGCCCGAUCCCAGCACAUUGUACCCUGUACCAUAUCCCAGCUGCUUUCUGCCACUUUGGUUGAUGAAGUGUUCAAAAUUGGCAAUGUUGAGAUUUCACAGGUCACUAUUGUGGGGAUAAUCAGACAUGCAGAAAAGGCACCAACCAACAUUGUUUACAAAAUAGAUGACAUGACAGCUGCACCAAUGGAUGUACGCCAGUGGGUUGACACAGAUGAUGCAAGUGGUGAAAACACUGUCAUUCCUCCAGAAACGUAUGUGAAAGUGGCUGGCCACCUGAGAUCUUUUCAGAACAAAAAAAGCCUGGUAGCCUUUAAAAUUAUGCCCCUGGAGGAUAUGAAUGAGUUCACGACACAUAUUCUGGAAGUAGUCAAUGCACACAUGAUGCUGAACAAAACUCUUAACCAGCCUUCAGCUGGGAGAGCACCUAUCAACAGCAAUCCAGGAAUGAGUGAAGCAGGGAACUUUGGUGCAAAUAGCUUCAUUCCAGCAAAUGGUCUCACUGUAGCCCAACACCAGGUGCUGAGUUUGAUUAAAGCUUGCCCAAGACCAGAAGGAUUGAACUUUAAUGAUCUCAAGACACAGCUCAAAUAUAUGAAUGUAGCCUCAAUCAAGCAAGCUGUGGAUUUUCUUAGCAAUGAGGGACACAUUUAUUCCACAGUGGAUGAUGACCAUUUUAAGUCUACAGAUGCAGAAUAACUGGUUCUAAUUGGGGACCUAAAAUACUUUCUAGCUGGAUCUGUUUUCAGUCUAUUAUUUCCAGCCGUGCAU